UGCAGGAGAGACUUGCAGGGGAGAGAUCCAGACGUGAGGCCGGGUAGGGGCUCUUCCCAGGCAAAGGGAAGCUGAGGAGGGAGAGAGAUACAUGCCCAGCCCUCCUCCUUGUUCAAUCCCGUGUGUAUGAUGGAGGAAGCCACCAGGCGCUCAAAAAUUCAACCUUGGGACUCCAGGAGCCUCCAAUACCAGGAGGCUGAGGGUCCUCAUGGGCUUUGCAGCCAACUCCACAACUUUUGUAGGCGAUGGCUGAGUCCAGAAAAGCACACCAAAGCCCAGAUGCUGGACCUGGUUGUUCUGGAGCAGCUCCUGUUCCUUCUGCCCCCAGAGAUGGAGAGUUGGGUGCGGGAAUGUGGAGCAGAGACCAGCUCCCAGGCAGUGGCCCUGGCAGAAGGCUUCCUCCUGAGCCAGGCGGAGGAGCAGAAGGAGCAGGUUGAGUUGGAGUGUUGCACUGUGGAGAUCAGAGAUUGUGAGGGAAAGAAGAAUCCAUCAAAUCCCCUUCAGGAGCUAUUUUUCAGGAGGAUCCCUUGGGAAGACCCAAGUCAGGACACUGCAGGAGAAAUACAAAGAAUGAAGUUUUCUGGUUUUUCUGAUGGAGCUCAAAGAGUGGUUGAACCUCCAAAUCAAGAGAAUCUUGUGUCCUUCGAGGAGGUGGCUGUGUAUUUCUCUGAGGAGGAAUGGUCUCAGUUGGAUUCUGACCAAAAAGAGCUGUAUUCGGAAGUCAUGCUUGAAAACCAUAGGAACGUGGUCUCUCUGGGUAAGAGUUUUCUAGUCCCCAAUCAGAGAGUUCAAGACUGUCCUGACAGUUUUUAA